ACAAUUAACACGACUUUUCAUAUCUUGAGAUUAAUGGUGACCAUGAAUUUCAAUCUCCUCUCUCUCCUCUCCUUAGUCUCCUAGUAGGACCCAGGAAACUGGUAGAAACUGAAGUCUACAAGAAACUGCUAAAACUUUCGAGAUACAAGCAUGUUUAAAAUUUCAAGCUCUCUGUCUCUCUCUACGACUUGCUUCAUCAUCCAUUAAUGGGAACGAGAUUCUGUCUUUGCUUCCGCCCAUCCAAUAACAUAUCCGACCUCAAUGACUCGGCAGACAUAGAGGCUGGGAACGAAAACGAGAAGUACUGGCUGCCUAAGUUCAGCUUGGACAAACUAAGAGCUGCCACGUCAGGAUUCUCGUCCCAUAAUGUUGUCUCUGAGCAUGGAGAGAAAGGUCCCAAUGUGGUCUACAAAGGGAAGCUGGAAGACGGCCGUUUGAUCGCCGUUAAGCGCUACACCCUCUCCGCUUGGCCCGAUUCCGGCCCAUUUCUUGUGGAAGCUGGAGUUGUGGGGAGGCUAAGCAACGAGCAUUUGGCGAAUUUGAUCGGGUUUUGCGUUGAGGACGAUGAGAGAUUCCUUGUGGCUGAGUUCAUGCCAAAUGCAACUCUCUUUAAGCACCUUUUCCAGUGGGAGACACAGCCGAUGACAUGGGCAAUGAGGUUGAGAGUGGCUUUGUAUGUGGCACAAGCUUUAGACUGCUGCAGCAGCAAAGGGGAGGCACUAUACCAUGAUCUCAAUGCUUAUAGAGUCAUGUUUGAUCAGGAUGGAAAUCCCAGACUCUCUUGCUUUGGCCUUAUCAAGAAUGGCACAGAUGGCAAGAGCUAUACCAACUUGGCUUUCGCCCCUCCAGAGUUCUUGAGGACAGGAAGAGUGAUACCAGAAAGUAUGGUUUACAGCUUUGGGACCCUGUUGCUUAAUCUGCUCAGUGGCAGACAUAUCCCUCCAAGCCAUGCACUUGAUCUCAUACGCGACAAGAAUUUUUUGAUGCUGAUGGACUCAUGCUUGGAAGGUCAUUUCUCAAAUGAUGACGGUACUGAGCUGGUGCAGUUAGCCUCCAAAUGUUUGCAGUAUGAACCUCAUAACAGGCCAAAUUUCAAGUAUAUUGUGAGUGCACUUGUUCCUCUUCAAGAACAAACCGAGGUUCCAUCAUACGUUUUGAUGGGUGUUCCACAUGGAAAUAUUCCUCCAAAGCAGACAGUGUUGUCACCUCUAGGUGAAGCUUGCUCGAAAUUAGAUCUUGCUAGAAUACAUGAAAUAUUGCUGAUGAUUGGAUACAAGGAAGAUGAGGGUCAAACUGAACUUUCUUUCCAAAUGUGGACAGACCAAAUGCAGGAAAGAUUGAACUUAAAGAAACAUGGGGAUGCUGCAUUUCGAGCAAAAGAAUUUGCUAGCGCUAUAGAUUUUUACACAGAAUUCAUUGAUGGCGGGAGCAUUGAAUCGGGAACGUUGUUUGCUAGACGUUGCUUGUGUUACCUGAUGAGUGAUAUGGCACAAGAAGCUCUUGGAGAUGCGAUGCAGGCUCUUGUACGACACCCUGAAUGGCCAACUGCCUUCUAUCUCCAAGCGGCUGCCCUGAAGAGCCUAGGAUUGGACAAUGAUGCUGAGCAAACCCUAAAAGAUGGUUCAUCGAUUUGUUAAAUUCAGAGAGAUAGGCCAGUGUCCCACCAUUAGCAACACCGAUAUUGUCCCAACUUAAACACCUACAGAGCCCUUUAGGUGUGGGGUUUUAUCACAAAAGGGCUCGGUGCUAUUAGGAGUAGAACGAUUUAUUUUAAGUUGUAUUUUAUUUAGCCAAUCAUCCGAUGUGAGACUUAUAUUCUUUAACACGGCCCCUCACAUAUGACUACCACAUACUGGGCCACACGUGGAGCCAAGCCCACAUCGGUAUAGGUGGUGUCUUUGUAUUGCUGGAGUCGCCACCUAAACGACCUGCUCUCAUCUGUAUGGGUAGUGUUGGAGCCACCACCUAAACAACCCGCUCUCAUCUGUGUGGGUAGUGUUUCCAUAUUGCUGGAUCUGUUGGCGUGAAUCAUGUAAUUAAUUUAAAUUAGGAAUUGUAAUCUAGUAUAAUUAUAGAAUUCCCGUAUUAGUUGGGAUUGUAAUUACUUUCCUUUUUGUUGUAUUCUUGUAUACAUAUAAAUACCCUCAUAGUGAGAAGAAUAAACUUACUCUGAAUUAUUCUACC